AACAGAGUAUAUAAGUGAUGAGAAAUUUAUUGAAUAAUCACUUGUGUAACACCAUGCAAUUCUCAAUUGUCAAGGCUUUGUUGAUACUAAGUGUGGUGCAAGUGUUCAGUAUACUUAUACUCGGUGUACCACAAAAGAAAAGCACAUCCCAUAAGCAUCCGAGUGCUCCAAUCGUGUGCUCAUAUUCAAACCACACAGACAGUAAGUGAAAUCAUCAAGUGAUUA